UCUCUGAACAGUAGGAAGUAGGAAGCUUUGUUUCCGCGGAGUCGGAACCUUCUGCUAUGCUUCCCGUGUUUCCCUGCCGGAAUGUGUUUACGCUCUGCCAUAGGUAGCGCUGCAUGGUGGGGCUCGAGAGGAAUGAAAGACAAGAGUAACGCAACUGGUUUAUGACUAGAAACAUAAAGGGGAAAUUAGAUCAUGGUGUUAGCUGAACAAAGUGGAAGAAGUGUGUAACAGGAGGGCAAAUCAGAAUUUGUAAGCAAAGCAUUCUUAUCUCCCCAGGAGCUGUGUGGGUUCUGAAUACUCAGCCAGGAUGUAUGCAGUCUACAGACAGGCUCACCCUCCGACUGCGGUCGAGUUCUCUGUGUACUGCAACUUUAUCUCUAGCCAGGAGAACAACCUGGUGGUCGCUGGAACGUCCCAGCUCUACGUUUACAGGAUAAUCCAUGAUGUGGAGAACGCAUCCAAAGGAGAAAAGUCAUCAGAGGUGAAGAUCCGUAAGGAGAAGCUGGAACAGGUGGCAGCCUUCUCUCUGUUUGGCAAUGUCAUGUCAAUGGCGAGUGUGCAGCUGGGGGCGUCCAAUCGAGAUGCCCUGCUGCUCAGCUUCCAGGACGCAAAGCUCUCGGUGGUGGAGUAUGACUCUGGGACACAUGAUCUUAAGACGCUUUCUCUCCAUUACUUUGAAGAACCAGAGUUAAGGGACGGUUUUGUACAGAAUGUCCAUAUCCCCAUUGUUCGUGUUGACCCAGAGAACCGCUGUGCUGUGAUGCUGAUCUAUGGAACUCGACUGGUGGUGCUGCCUUUCCGAAAGGACACCUUAACUGAUGAACAAGAGGGGGUUGUGGGGGAAGGGCAGAAGUCUAAUUUCCUUCCCAGUUAUAUUAUUGAUGUGCGAGAGCUGGAUGAGAAGCUGCUCAACAUUGCUGACAUGAAGUUUCUGCACGGGUACUAUGAGCCCACCCUGCUCAUUCUGUAUGAGCCUAACCAGACAUGGCCAGGACGUGUGGCAGUUCGGCAAGACACCUGCUGCAUUGUGGCCAUCUCCUUGAACAUCAUGCAGAAAGUGCACCCGGUCAUCUGGUCACUCAGCAACCUGCCCUUCGAUUGCACUCAAGUCAUGGCUGUGCCCAAACCUAUAGGUGGUGUUGUUGUCUUUGCUGUGAACUCCCUGCUGUACCUUAACCAGAGUGUCCCUCCCUAUGGUGUGUCGCUCAACAGCCAGACCACUGGAACAACAGCGUUCCCACUCCGUGUGCAGGAAGAAGUUAAGAUCACCCUGGACUGUUCCCAGGCUACUUUCAUUGCCUCUGACAAGAUGGUGAUUUCCCUGAAAGGUGGAGAAAUUUACGUGCUGACCCUUAUCACUGAUGGGAUGAGAAGUGUGCGGGCGUUUCACUUUGACAAAGCGGCCGCCAGUGUCCUGACAACUUGUAUGACGCCCAUGGAGUCUGGUUAUUUGUUCCUGGGCUCCCGUCUUGGUAACUCCCUGCUCCUCAAAUACACAGAGAAGCUACAGGAGACUCCCAUAGAGGAGGGCAAGGAGAAGGAGAGGCAGGAGGAACCUCCAAGUAAAAAAAAACGAGUUGAUUCGACUAACUGGUCUGCUGGGAAGACGGCUCUCUUGGAUGAAGUUGAUGAGAUUGAGGUGUACGGCAGUGAAGCUCAGACUGGAACCCAGCUGGCCACCUACUCCUUUGAGGUGUGUGACAGUAUACUGAAUAUUGGCCCCUGUGCCAACGCCUCGAUGGGGGAGCCUGCCUUUCUCUCUGAAGAGUUUCAGGACAGCCCAGAACCAGACCUGGAGGUGGUUGUGUGUUCAGGUUUUGGAAAGAAUGGUGCCCUGUCAGUGCUUCAGAGAAGCAUCCGACCUCAGGUUGUCACCACCUUCGAACUCCCAGGCUGCCAGGACAUGUGGACCGUUAUUUCUUCUGAGAAGAAAGAAGAAGCUCCGAAGGGAGAAGGUGAACACACAGAGGGGGAGGUGCCCCUAGCUACCCCUGACGAUGACGACAAGAAACACGGAUUCCUCAUCCUGAGCCGGGCCGACUCCACCAUGAUAUUGCAAACUGGUCAGGAAAUAAUGGAACUGGAUGCCAGUGGAUUUGCUACUCAAGGGCCCACUGUCUUUGCAGGCAAUAUUGGGGACAACAAAUACAUUGUCCAGGUCUCCCCCAUGGGUAUUCGGCUUUUGGAAGGAGUGAACCAGCUGCACUUCAUCCCCGUGGACCUGGGCUCUCCCAUCGUGCAUUGUGCCGUGGCUGACCCCUACGUGGUGAUCAUGACCGCCGAGGGGCAGAUCACAAUGUUCGUCCUGAAGAGCGACUCCUACGUGGGGAAGACACACCGGCUCGCCCUGCAGAAACCACAGAUUCACACCCAAUCCAGAGUAAUCACCCUGUGUGCUUAUCGAGACGUCAGCGGCAUGUUCACCACGGAGAAUCGGGUUUCCAGCACCGCCAAGGAGGAUACAGCACCUGGGACCCAGCCAGAGACAGAGACAGUCAUUCAGGAGCUCAGUCACGUCAUGGACGACGAGGAGGAGAUGCUAUAUGGAGACUCUGGUCAGUUCUUCAGUCCCUCCAAAGAAGAGUCUAGUCGCAGUGCCUCUGCAUCAUUCAGCUACAGCAAGGACAGCCCCCAUUACAUGGUGGAGCCCACACACUGGUGUAUGGUGGUCCGGGAGAACGGGGUCAUGGAGAUUUACCAGCUCCCUGACUGGCGCUUGGUGUUCCUGGUGAAGAAUUUCCCCGUGGGGCAGCGUGUGCUGGUAGACAGCUCUUCAGGACAGUCUGCUGCCCAAGGGGAGGGCAAGAAGGAGGAAGUGACACGCCAGGGGGAGAUACCAUUGGUAAAAGAGGUGUUGUUGGUGUCACUAGGCAACCGACAGACACGUCCGUACCUGCUGGUUCAUGUGGAUCAGGAGCUUCUGAUCUACGAGGCCUUUCGACGCGAUGUGCAACAGGGUCAGAACAACCUGAAAGUGCGCUUCAAAAAGGUUCCCCACAACAUUAACUUUCGGGAGAAGAAGGUGAAGCAGUCGAAGAAGGAUAAGAAGUGGGAGGGUGUGUCCGGGGAGGAUGCUGCUGCUGUGAAGGGCAGGGCUGCCAGGUUCCGAUACUUUGAUGACAUCUCAGGAUACUCGGGAGUAUUUAUCUGUGGCCCGUCCCCACACUGGCUCCUGGUGACCUCCCGGGGGGCUCUCCGACUCCACCCCAUGACUAUCGACGGCUCCAUUGAUUGCUUCUCCCCUUUCCACAACAUCAACUGUCCCAAAGGAUUUCUCUAUUUCAACAAGCAGGGAGAGCUGAGGAUCAGUGUUCUGCCCACCUAUCUCUCAUAUGACGCUCCCUGGCCAGUCAGGAAGAUCCCACUGCGCUGCACAGCACACUACGUCUCCUAUCACGUGGAAUCCAAGGUCUAUGCAGUGUGCACGAGUGUGAACGAGCCAUGUACACGCAUUCCCCGGAUGACUGGUGAUGAGAAAGAGUUUGAAAUCAUAGACAAAGAUGAAAGGUACAUCAGCCCCUUGCAGGAGAGAUUCUCUAUCCAGCUUAUCUCUCCAGUCAGCUGGGAGACUAUCCCCAACACACGGAUUGACCUGGAGGAAUGGGAACAUGUGACCUGCAUGAAGACUGUCGCUCUGAAGAGUGAGGAAACUGUUUCCGGGUUGAAAGGUUACGUGGCUGCAGGAACAUGUCUGAUGCAAGGGGAGGAGGUGACGUGCAGGGGCCGGAUCCUGAUCAUGGAUAUCAUCGAGGUAGUCCCUGAGCCAGGGCAACCUCUCACCAAAAACAAGUUCAAGGUUCUGUAUGAGAAAGAGCAGAAGGGGCCUGUAACUGCCCUGUGUCACUGCAGCGGAUACCUGGUCUCUGCCAUCGGGCAAAAGAUCUUCCUGUGGAGCCUGAAGGAUAAUGACCUCACUGGGAUGGCCUUCAUCGACACCCAGCUUUACAUCCACCAGAUGUUCAGCAUUAAAAACUUCAUCCUAGCAGCUGAUGUGAUGAAGAGCAUUUCCAUCCUGCGUUACCAGGAGGAGAGCAAGACUCUGUCCCUCAUCAGUCGGGAUGCCAAGCCUCUGGAGGUUUACAGCAUUGAGUUCAUGGUGGACAAUAAUCAGCUGGGAUUUCUAGUGUCGGACCGAGACAAAAACCUCAUGGUUUAUAUGUACCUGCCAGAAGCGAAGGAAAGCUUUGGCGGAAUGCGUCUCCUGCGGAGAGCCGACUUUAACGUGGGCGCGAACGUCAACGCCUUCUGGAGAAUGCCCUGCCGAGGAACUCCGGAGGGAGCCAGCAAGAAGUUGCUGGGCUGGGACGGCAAGCACAUCACCUGGUUUGCUACCUUGGAUGGUGGGAUUGGACUCCUGCUGCCGAUGCAGGAGAAGACGUACCGUCGUCUGCUAAUGUUACAGAAUGCUCUGAACACAAUGAUUCCUCAUCAUGCUGGGUUAAACCCAAAGGCGUUCAGAAUGAAUCACUGUGAUAGACGCUCCCUGCAGAAUGCGGUCCGUAACGUUUUAGAUGGGGAGCUGCUGAACAAAUACCUGUACCUGAGCACCAUGGAGCGCAGCGAACUGGCCAAGAAAAUCGGGACCACGCCAGACAUAAUUUUGGAGGAUCUUUUGGAAGUUGACAGAGUAACGGCUCACUUCUGAGGAUGUCUCCCUGAGAUCUGCAAGCACCUGGUUCACCGUUGAAUCAUCUUAGAAGGCUUCGGAAAUGACUUUUUAGUCCUUUUCAUCAAGUUUUAUACACAUACAUUUGUUGUUAAACAUUUUUUACUACUGUUUAAGGUUCUUCUUUAUUAUUUGUUUUUUUUUAUAUAACAUGAAUUUGUUAUAUAAAAAAAACCGCAAAUGCAUCAUGUUUCAUAUGGAAGAGAUUAUUUGUAAGCAAAAUAAAACGAAGCAUUAAAAAGAAA